AUGUCAGCACAAGAAUACUUCGGCGGGUCUUCUCAAAACCCUCCUCGUCGGGAGGAAUCCCACACUCCUGGACCCUGGAACUCAUCGACGCCUGGACCGGACACGCCUCGCACCGGCGCCUACAGUCCCUAUCCUUCCUCCGAGAACUACUAUCACCCCAGGAUGGCGCAGGGGUCAUGGAACGGACCUUCUCCUUCCCCCUCCCUAGGCGGCGAAGGCUACCCCCACCAGCCGUACGGACAGCAGCCGCAGCCUCCGUACCCUCAGCACGGAGGACCCUCCCCCACUCCUUCCGGCUACCCCCCGUACCCUCCACAAGAAGGAGGAGCACCCUACAAUGACCGCCCAUAUUCCCCCUACCAGCAGCAGCAGCAACAGCAACAGCAGCCAGGCCCCCAACAACCCCCACCCUACAGCACCAACCCCAACCUCCCGCCGGGCGCCACGGACGACCAAGACCGCGGCUUCCUAGGGGCCGUGACCGGCGGCGCGGCCGGCGCCUUCGCAGGCCACAAGGUGAACCACGGCUUCCUGGGCGCGAUCGGCGGGGCGCUGACGGGCUCCGUCGCGGAAGACGCCAUCAAGAACCACCGCAAGAAGAAAGAGGAGGAAGAAAAGGAAGCCCUCCGCCGGCAGAAGGAGGCCCUCAAGGAGCAGAAGCGCCGCGAGAAGGAAGAGCGCAAGAUGCAGCGCCGCACCGACCGCCACCACCGCCGGCACUCCUCUCGCUCCGGCAACACCUUCCGCGGGAACUUCUCCGGCUCCUCCCGCGAGAUCCGGCUCGAGGGGUACCAUGAGCUCGUGGCCUACUGCGGCGACGUCGACGGCCGCCAGCACCGCUCGGUCAUCCCGCUCAACGACGUCCUCACCAACUCCUGGGGCGAGUUCAAGUGGGCCCGCCACGGCAAUUUCGCCGCCUCGGCGAGCAACGUCCACCUCGAGGAUGGGGGCCGCGUCCUGGUGGCGGAUCUGGGCGAUGGCAAUGGCGGGUGGAAGAGGAGCUGGAUCCGCUUGGAUGAGAGGAUCUCGAAUCAGAAUGGGCGGUUGGUGUUCUUGGAUUAG